AUGGAUUCCCCCGCAGUCCCGGUCCCGCUGGAUCCGCGGGAGCAGCCCAUCCUCGAACGCCUCCUCCGAACUCGCGAUGCUCUCCUCCUCCUGAAACAAGACAAGUCUUCCUACAUCAAAUCCCGCGAUGUCCUUCCGCUUUAUGAGGAAGUGACUCAAGAAGUGGAAAAGCUCAAUGCUGCCCGCAAAGAGCAAGAUCGCCGCUUGAUACAUAACCGACUUGAUUAUGUUCUGGACGACUGCUUCCAGUUGAUUUCAUUGCUCUUUUUGACCGUUGGUAGGAAUAAUGAGGCACCAGCAGUCUACUCGCUGGCAACCACUAUUCAGCGUCUACUCGACCAUCUUGAAGAGGCUGGAUUCUAUAGCUCCAAAGAUUUGAACUCAAUUACCAAGACCCUCGACUCCACGCGCGAGACUCUGGAACGCGGCCAGAACACAUACUCCCCAGCACUAUUGGAACUUCUUAAAAGCCGACUGGAACAAUGUCAGAUCUCUCUGAGUAGACUUCAGAAGGGACUUGCAGCUCUAGACCCCGCUCUUGUCCAGACACACGAGACUUUAGUCUCUAUUCUUCGAUCCACAUCUGCGGUCAACACUCGCUCAAAGUUCUCAUCCACCGAAGUUAACAAUCUGCGCGAGCAAUUGAAGAAGAUCGAAGCGAGUCAAAAAGACGGUAAAUUCGUCGAUGCUGAUGGCAACCCGCUUGCCGGUCAAGAUGGUGUGAAAUCUUUGAUUGAGCGAUGCUGGCGGUGGACCGAGAUUGUUCUUGAACGAAAAGGCAAGAUUCAAGAGGGAUUCCAGGAGCAAUACGACCGUCUACUUGAGAUUCGUAACCAGCUAGACAGGCUCUCCGUCACACAGGCCUGGUCUUUGCGCGAGACGGAUCUCUUCGGAUACCAGCGCAAGCUCGAUCGCAUUGACGAGGCGCGUGUUAAUGGCAACUUCGUCGAUGGCGAGGGCCAAGUUGCCGAUCUCCAUGCUCAAAGGACACUGCUUUAUUUGAUUCGACGCAGCUAUGCAUACAUCUACGCACUGUUGAUUUCAUCCGAGCCCGUAUCGGAGGCCUUGUUGCCAGUCUAUAACCAGUUGCAGACGCUUCGACGGUGCUUGAUCGAGGUUAAGGAGUCUGGAGGUGUGGCAAAUUCGAGAGAGUUGUACCCCUACAGCAUGAAGCUCAAUUCUAUCGAUAAUAUGCGAGUUGACGGAAAGUUCUAUGUUGGCCCCGAUAUUCCUGAAGGCCAAGGAAGCGUGAACGCCUUGCUAGCCGAAUGCUACGAUCUGGUCUGGGAGCUACGAGCAGCAGUGGCAGAAGAGGAUGCACAAGCUUAG